CACGCGCACAAAUAGCCGGACGUGGAACACCUUAGCUCGCAUUGGUAGCCCGGGAGUCUGGGAAUAGGAAUUGGGCGUUGUCGGCAUCCUAGCAUCGUACCGCAGUAGUUCCGACGUUUCGAGCGGCCAGCGAUGGCGAGAAAUCGCCGGAAUCGCAACCAGCAGCGGAGAUAUGGCGGGCCUCAGCCGCGACCUCAGCCGAGGCGUGGCGGCCGCACCGACUACGAUGACGACGGCUACCAUUACGAGUACUAUUAUGGGCCUCCUGGGGGCGUGCACUUCUUCACCGAGCCUCCCAAGAUAGGCGUGUGGCGGAUGGUGGAGCUGUGGGCGGUUGGGAUGUACGUGUGGGUGAUGCUGCUGCGGGAGUACUUGAUCGACCUCCUAUACCCCACCAAGGCGCAGCAGGACGCCAGACGGACGUGGCAAGACUAUCAGCGCAGGAAACAACAGGUGCGCUGGCCGAUCCACACAAACGACACCUCACACAGAGGACCACACAGAGGAGAAGCGAGCGUGUUUAUGUGGGUGUGUGUCAUGUGCAUUGACUGACGCAGGAGGAAGAAUGGCGGCGCGGCGGGUGGGACAACGAGGAGGGUGCCGAUGGCGGCCGCUGGGGCGAUAGUGGUGUGCAGGAGGAAGAGGAGGACAAGGGCCCGCCGCCACACGAGGUCCUGGGGGUCAGCGAAGACGCGUCAGAGAAGGAAAUACGCAGCGCAUACAAAAAGAAGGUAUCAACGCCAAGCCAUACUCGACCACUUUCCCACCCACCUUGUCUGUUGUGUUGUGUGAGAUGUGGUGCAGGCGCUCAUCCUGCAUCCGGACAAGAACCCUGGCAAGGAGGAGUGGGCCAAGAAGCAGUUCCACGCCCUCGGCCGGGCGCACGAGGAGAUGAUGAAGCGCAUCAACGCCAAGAGGGCUGCCGAGACCACCAACGACAGCACUGACAAUGACAAUGAAAACAACGAGACCGGCGAGCAGGACACCCCCAACAACGAGACGGACCAAGGUAGGCAGCCGUGGCAAUGGAUCGGUGUUGUCGGUCGCUGUGUCAGCCAGCCUCUGUGGUCUGCAUACAUAGGUCGGUAUCUGCUUGCUGUGUUGAUUUGAUGUGUAUCAGAUGGGCCCUCCGGGGCCGCCAGCCCUCGCGAGCGGGCCAGGGAGGAAAAGAAGAAACGAAAAGAGGCGGAGAGAGAGUUCGAGCGGUGAGGGAGAGAGUGAGUGAGUGCGUCCACCCAGCCACCGAGCCACCCGUGGGCACCCAACACACACACACACACACACACACAUGUUUUGUGUGUUCCAUGUGUGUGCAGUCAGUGCAAGGCUGAGGAUCAGCGGCUCAAGCAGGCCAAGGCGCAGCGGGCCAGAGAGGAGGCGGAAGGGUACAACAUGCACAAAGACCACGCACAGGAUGGUCGCUCUCCAUUUCAUAUUUAUUGUGUGUGUGUGGUGCAGGAGUUCUUCGGCAGCAGGUUUGGCGGACGGCUGGGACGGCUCGAGCCACGGGUUGUACAGCGAGUACAACAGCCCAGGCCACCUGCAGGCCAUCAUUCGCGAGGACUGCCUGUAAGACAUAAGACCCUCGCGCACAACACACACACACACACCAUGCUGUGGUCGAUUCCCCGUGUGCCUGUAUCAGUCACCUGUUCGUCAAGAUGCUGGUCGACCAGGUGCUGGUCGAUCAGGAGGGCGUGGAGUCCCUGGCGUCCUUCCUGACCCAGGACUUGGGCCGCGGUUCCACCCCGCUGCACUUCUGCGCCUUCUUCGGACGGAUCUUUAUCGCAGGCAGAUUGGUCCAGGUAAAUAAAUAAAGAGACGAACCAGCAUCGACGAGAAACAGCGGCAUGUUACGGAGUGUUUCAUGUGUGUGUCCUUGUCUGUCUGCAUGAAUGCAGCUUGCCCAGCAGCUCACUGAUAUGCGCGUCGAGCCGCUGCUGUUCAAAACUCUCAUCAUGCAGAAAAACCAGGUGGGUGAACCUCCGCCUGUGUGUGUGUGUGUGUAUAUGUGUGUGUGUGUGUGUGUGCAUUGACCAGGAUGGCUAUACUCCCUUCGAGGUGGCCAAGGAGAGGUUUGGCGACGCGCCGCACGGCAGUGACGGCCACUGCCUGAUGGUCCGCCUGCAGACGUUGCAGGAGCACAUCGAAAAGGUGGCUGGGCGGGCGCACGCAGACACACACACACAGAUAGCAGUGCGCUGUGCAUCUGUGGCUGUGUGCAUGUGUGGCUGUGUGGCUGUGUGGCUGUGUCGAUGCAGGUUGAGGAGGGCAAGAAACGUCGUAUUGACUGGCGAGGCAUCAUGCUGGUAGUAUGCACGUAAGCAGACACCGAACAGACAGACAGACAGAGGACAGACUCGAAGAGCUUCCACCCUGCUUGCAGGAUCCUUGUGGCGCUUGCGUUGCACCUGCACCUGCCCUACUGGGUGGGAUGGAGACCCACCGUCACCGUCGCAAUAGCCGUGAGGACACACGAAGCCUUCCUGGCCACCUGGCUGUCUGUUCUAACCGCACUCUUCCUCUCUCUGUGUGUGUAUACUCAGCUGUGUGCAUGGGGUGGCUCGGCGGUCGUCCUCGGCGGCUGCGCGUUGUGGGUCGUAUUCUACUGCAUGGCUUUCAUCGGCAAACUUGCCAUCGGCCUGGUCUGUGAAUACUGGUGCGUUGCCAUCGGCCUAUGCUGCGAAUACUGGUGCGGAUCUCAUGACCCGGAAAGGAUCAGAAUCCCUCCAUUCACUCAUCCAUGUGUGUGUGGGUGUGGGUGUGUGGGUGGAUGGGUGGGUGGGUGGGGGCUGUUGGUGCAGGUGGCAGGCGAUUCUGGGUGCGGUGGUAGUUGUGGGAGUAAUCGCAAACCUCGAGAUAAACGUCAUGAACAUGAGCGGGCAGGUCGUCUGGGUGGUGGAGGUCGGCCUCCACGCGGUGACGGCCGUCCUCUCUGUCUUCAAGAGAGCUGACACGCUGUGCAUCAAGGUAUGUGUGUGUCAGUUGUGUGUGUGAGAGAGAUAUGACGCCCCAGUGUGUGUUCUGUGUGUAUGUGCCCCUUUUGCAGUUCAUCGAGCUGAUGUGCGUCUGGGAUUGGCUCGUGUGGCUCGUCAGGACAGCAAAGUCAUCACUGACGCGGCUCAGCGGCAAAUGCUAUCCCACGACCAGCACCAGCACCAGCAGCACCGUCAGCUCGCUGCCGUUGUCUCCCUCCCAGCUGGCCAUCGCCGACGACACACGCCCACCCACACCACACAGCAGCAGCGCACAGCAGCUGCCGAUAAAGACUCGCGUCAGCAAGUGGCUACUGUCACGCCUGAUCGACGCCCUGUCAUGUGUGUCGUCGUGCCUCUCUAUGGUGUCUGCGCUCUUUUUCCGGCUGGACCCGCGCAUGCCCUUCCGGUGCAAGCACCUCUUGACGCUGGCCAUCGUCACGGUCACCUUGUGGAAGUUUGGCGUUGUGCCGGGUGGCAACCUCGCCGUGUCCAUGCCCUCGAUGUCCUCGCUCAGCCAGCUGUGGUCCCCUCUCCCGUCGCAUUUCAGCCCGCCAAGCCCCUCCGCAUACCGCAGCGCCCACAGCCGCGCUGCAUCUGAGUCCAUCCACCAAGAUGACGAUGACGAAGAGGAGGAGGAGGAAGACGACUUCUUCGACGAGGACGUCGGUGCCGCCCCUACCUCUGCCCCUGCCCCUGCCAAGAACAAGACGUCAAGCAUGCAGCAAGAGGGGGCAGGGGAUGAGGGCAGCGAGGGCGAGGAGUCUGCCCAACCGGCGCUGGCGGACGACGACGCCAGCGAGCAACACGACCAUCACCAUGAAGAAGAUGCAACGACUGACGACGAACCAUCGACACCCCAUCGCCCGUCCGAGCCGUCGCCGGCCAGUCAUGUCGUCCCUGAUCCAGCGGAUGACACACGGUCUGCCUCUGAGUCCGAGGCACCUGACGUCGACGAAUCGGGCGAGAGCUCAGCAGAGGACAUAUGGGUGGCUGAAAUGGAUGAAGGGGAUGAGUUUGAGGAUGAUGGUGCCGAUGCAGCUGCAGCCAUCCCAGAGAAGCCACAGCAUGUCUGGCAGUCGGUGCGGCUGCCGACAGAUGACGAUGAUAGCGAUGGUGACAGUCUCGAGGCCAAGCCACCCAUCACGCCACAGCCCCAUGAGCCCUCGCCUGAGCCACCAGCAGAAUCCGCAGCAGAUGCUGCUGCUGCUGCUGCUGAUCCUGGGGCCGAUCCUGAGGCUGACAUAGAGUCCGACGACAUGGACACCGAGACAGAGGAGGCAGCCAUCGACGAGAGCCCCGACCUUCCAAUGGAUGCUGUCACCCUCACUCUACUGGGGAUCGUCAUCUGGGUAGCACUGGGAGUGGGCUGGUGGCUCUUCUCCGUCAAAGCCAGGCCAGACGACGUCGAUGCACCCGACCAGCAGCAGCAGCAGAGCCGGAACGAGACGGCAACAGCGGCGGACGGGCAAGACACCGCCGGGCGGCCCACCGCACAUCAGACACCGAGUAGCACCGAUGAGAGAGGGCAGGCCGAGCCACGGCCCAGCAGCAGCGGCCGCAGCAGCAUCAGCGCGACGCCGAGCCCCCCCAAGCCGUCCGUGUUGCCCUCGGCCAGCCCAGGGGAUGAUUCGGUGCACAGCGAGACGCCUACAUCCACCGUCGCAAGCGAGUCCGCCCAGCCGGUCAGGACAGCAGCAGCAGCGGCCGCCAAGCCUGCUACUGCCCCGUUGUCCCGCAACGCCAAGAGAAAGGCCAGGAAAGAACGGAAAAAGGCCGCAGCCACCGGCCGGGAGGGGGAGAGGGAGGGGCCUGCGGGGACGACACUCGAGGCCGAGGCGCCAUCUGCCGGUGACAUGGAUGAGCACGAGGAGGGCACGCAGCACGAGGAGGAGCCUGCAGGGUCCACCACGCACCCUGAGUCGAUCCCAGUGACGGCCCACGACACAGCACCGGCCAGCCCUACCAUUCCCACUCGCAGCGUCUAUGUGAGAGCCACCAGCAGCCCCGCACAGGUGCUCCCUCCGUCAACGGUGGAGCUGCCAGCCGGGGCACCCCCACGGCCAAAUGUGGCCCCCCCGCUCCCUUCGCCAGCCACACCCGAGAGCAAGACCAAGACACCCACCAUGACCCCAUCACGGCCGAGCGGCAGAGUGUGGGUGCCGACUGCACACCGGGGGCACCAGCAGCAGCAGCAGCAGCAGCCGUCGGACACUCAGUCACGGUCGCCUGAGCCGACGACGAUGUCACCAUCCCGGGGGUCUCGUGGGCUGGGGAGGGGACUGGGUGUGGGGGUGACGAUACGACCGCCGCCGGCCAGCAUCACAUCGGUGCUCCAGCAGAACGCCUCGCACUGGGGGUGAGCGACGGGCAUAUUGUUGCAUCGGGGUAUCAGUCGGGAGGGAUAUG